AAACAAGAUCACUGUUAAUUAGAAAAUAGUCAGUUAAAAUAAGAACUAAGCAAUCAAGCUCUAACUAUAAGUAGCCCAAUACCUUUACAUGGUCUGAUUGGUCUUUGGUGUAUUGUUCUUUUUGUAUGUAGUGAGCUAGGGGUACAUAUUGAAUGUUGAUGGUUUUAUAGCAGCUGUGGGACACACUACAGUGGUUGGAUGUUCAAAAGAUAAUAAAGUGACUGGUAGAUUAGCUGAUGUGUUAAUGGCUGGACACAUUGCCUCUGAGAUUGCUUACAGAAUGGUAGUACCUGGAGGAGAGAGUCUGGCAGUGACAGAUACCAUCAAUAGAGUUGGUGCUGAUUUUAAAUGUUCGCCAGUCGAGGGUAUCCUCUCUCACAGAUUAAAGAAGAAUUUGUAUGAUAGUGAAAAAACUAUAAUUCUUAACUCCAGCGACUCUCAGAAGAGAGAAUACAAAUCGAGUGAGUUUGAGUUACAGGAAGUAUACGCCAUUGAUGUUAUCAUUAGUACAGGAGAUGGAAAGUCAAGACAGCAAGACACAAGGACUACUGUGUACAAGAGAACUGAAGAUAAUUAUAAUCUUAAAAUGAAGUCCUCCAGAGCAUUUUUCAGUGAAGUUUGUAGCAAGUUUAAUGUAAUGCCAUUUUCAUUGAGAUCUUUUGAAGAGGAAGGAAAGGCAAGAAUGGGUGUGGUUGAGUGUACUAAUCAUAAUUUAUUGGAACCAUUUCAUGUACUGUAUGAAAAAGAAGGAGAAUUUGUGGUUCAAUUCAAGUUUACUGUAUUGCUGAUGCCAAAUGGACCUUUAAAAAUAACUAAUACAUUAUUUGAUCCAUCAGUGAUUGAGAGCACCAAUAAAUUAGAGGAUGCAGAACUAAAGACAUUAUUAGCAACAUCAGUGUCAAAGAAAGCUAAGAAGAAGAAGAAGAAGGCUGGAAAGUCGUCAACAGCCACAGAUGAAGCCGAGACAGGAACAAAUGAUGACUGAGAAUAAGUUUAAUUGAUUUAUUUAUAGAUUAAUUAUUGUUUCUUCUACUUGUUACAAAGAUAAUUUAUUUUGUUAAUACCAAACAUGUGCUAAUUUUA